GCAGCCCGUCCAUUGGUAGAGUGGUGACGUCACAGUGUUUGUAGAAGACUCCCGCAGUGUAUGCAUGUGGAGGAGACGCUAGGAGAGAGUCCUCUCCUCGGAACACCACAGAAAACUGCGUUCAGUGACUUCCCCUCACGGGCUUCCAGGAGGACAGCGCUUUUUUCUUCAUUUUGAACCACUGGACCAAAAGAGGAAUCCAUGAGUCAAGACAAGACCCUGAUUCUCAAAUAAGUUGCAGCUCUGACUGAGAUGGCCAUGUCACUGUUCCACCACAGGACAGUUAUAUUCACUGUGGCCUACUCUUUCCUUUCUUGCAUCACUUCCUCCCUCAACCAGGAGGAUCCCAAUGUCUGCAGCCACUGGGAGAGUUACUCAGUGACAGUGCAGGAGUCAUAUGCUCAUCCCUUUGAUCAGAUUUAUUACACCAGCUGCAUGGACAUGCUCAACUGGUUUAAGUGCACCAGACGCAGGGUGAGCUAUCGGACAGCCUAUCGACGGGGAGAGAAGACCAUGUACCGGAGAAAGUCACAGUGCUGUCCAGGCUUCUAUGAGAAUGGAGAGAUCUGUGCUCCUCAUUGUGCGACAGGCUGUGUCCAUGGCCGUUGUAUGGCCCCCAACACCUGCCAGUGUGAUCCCGGUUGGGGGGGAUCCAACUGCUCCAGUGUUUGUGACAGUAACCACUGGGGUCCACACUGCAGUAACAGAUGUCAGUGCCAGAACAGUGCACUGUGUAAUCCCAUCACUGGAGCCUGUAUCUGCACUCCUGGGUACCAAGGUUGGCGCUGCGAGGCACAGUGUGAAGUGGGCACCUACGGAAAUGGAUGCCAGGAGAAGUGCAAGUGCAAGAAUGGAGCUGGCUGUCAUCAUGUUACCGGAGAAUGCAAGUGCUCAUUAGGAUACAAUGGAGCUUUCUGUGAAGACUUGUGUCCUCCAGGUAAACACGGGCGGCAGUGUGAGGAGAGAUGUCCAUGUCAGAAUGGAGGAAUGUGUCACCAUGUGACUGGAGAGUGCUCUUGUCCUGCAGGAUGGAUGGGUACAUUGUGUGGCCAGCCAUGUUCAAAGGGAAGAUUUGGACAAAACUGUUCUCAAGAAUGUCAGUGUCACAAUGAGGGCUUCUGUGUGUUGUCCACUGGACAGUGUCUCUGCAGCCCUGGGUACAUAGGAGAACGGUGUCAGGCGGAGUGUCCAGUUGGCACAUACGGGGCAGGCUGUGCAAAGACGUGUCGCUGUGAGAACUACAGCAAAUGCUACCACACCAACGGGUUGUGUCUGUGUGAACCAGGAUACACUGGGGAGACAUGUAACACACGACUGUGUCUGGAAGGACAUUAUGGCCUUCAGUGUGACAGGAAGUGUCUGUGCUACGCCCAGAAUACACGCAGCUGUCACCCAAUGUCAGGAGAGUGCUCAUGUCAGCCUGGUUGGUCAGGUCUGUACUGCAACGAAAUGUGCACUGCAGGAUUUUACGGAGAGUCCUGUCAGCAGGUGUGCCAGUGCCAGAACGGUGCCGGCUGCAACAGUGUGACCGGAGCGUGCAUCUGUGCUCCAGGCUUCACGGGUCCCAACUGUACAGUCCCCUGCCCAACAGGAACACGUGGAGUGGACUGCUCCUCCCACUGCAACUGUAAGAACAGAGCUCAGUGUUCCCAUGUGGACGGAUCCUGCUCCUGUAAACAAGGCAUCCACUGUGAAAGUGUGUGCGCACAGGGUCGCUGGGGCCCAAACUGCUCCCUACCCUGUAACUGCAAAAAUGGAGCAUCCUGUUCUCCAGACGAAGGGACCUGUGAGUGUGUUCCAGGAUACAGAGGCACCACCUGUCAAAGGAUCUGCUCUCCAGGUUACUUUGGGCACCGCUGCAGUCAGACCUGUCCACAGUGUGCCCACAGUAAUGGACCAUGUCACCAUGUCUCAGGACAGUGUGACUGCUUGCCAGGCUUCAAAGGAGCACUGUGCAAUGAGGUGUGUCCAAGGGGUCAAUUUGGGAAGAACUGUGCUUGGAGCUGCAGCUGCACCAACAACGGCACUUGUAGCCCCAUCGAUGGCUCCUGUCAGUGUUAUCCAGGGUGGAUCGGCAGCGACUGCUCCCAGCCCUGUCCUCCUGUUCAGUGGGGACCCAACUGCAUCCACACAUGUAACUGCCACAACGGAGCCUACUGCAGCGCUUAUGAUGGAGAAUGCAAGUGCACCCCAGGAUGGACCGGUCUCCACUGCACACAACGUUGUCCAUUAGGUUUCUAUGGGAAAGACUGUUCUCUGACGUGCCAGUGUAGAAAUGGGGCCAACUGUGAACACAUCUCUGGACAGUGCAUCUGUCGCACCGGCUUCAUGGGAAGACACUGUGAACAAAGGUGUCCUCCUGGGUCGUAUGGUUAUGGCUGCCGUCAAGUGUGUGACUGUCUAAAUAACUCCACUUGUGAUCACAUGACCGGUACAUGUUAUUGCAAUCCAGGUUGGAAGGGAGCUCGCUGUGACCAAGCUGGUGUAGUGGUGGGCAGCCUCAACAGUUUGACCAGUGCAGCUAUGCAUGUGGACACCUACCAGAUUGGAACCAUCGCCGGGAUCAUUGUUCUGGUGCUACUUGUUUUAUUUCUCCUCCUCCUUUUCGUUAUCUACAGGAAGAACCAAAAUGGCAAAGAGCCUUCCUUGGCAGCUGUGACCUACACCUCUGCAUUGACGGUCACAGCUGAUUACACCAUUGCAGAUGCUCACCCACCAGCAUGUGAGGCCCACCCAAGCAACUACUUUUCCAACCCCAGCUACCAUACUCUCACCCAAUGCGUCGGCUCUCCACAUAUUAACAAUGGUCCCAAUGAAAAGGCCAAGAGCAACCAACUUUCUGUGAACUUGAACCACAUAAAUCAGAGAAACAGGGCUCCUCUCGAUGAGUACAACAGCACACUGCCUAGAUACUGGAAACAAGACGACUGCGUCAAUGAACUGGAUCUGAAGGGCACACUCUAUUAUGCAAGCUCCUGCUCCAUCAACAGCUCUGAAAACCCAUAUGCGACAAUAAAGGACCCUCCCCAUCUUACAGCCAAUAAUUUGGAGUGUGGCUAUGUGGAAAUGAAGACACCGGUCAGACAGGAUUCCCCAUAUGCUGAGAUCAGCAACAGCAGCCCCACGACUAACCGCAAUAUCUAUGAAGUUGAGCCUGUAAGUAACAUCCAGCCGACAGAAAACAGCAAUGGUGACGAGCAGUUCGGUGAAGAUGUGUACGAUCUCCCAAAAAACAUUCCCUGCCACUACGACCUCCUGCCGGCCCGAGAAAGUCCUCUCUUAGAGAACAAAGAGCUGGACACUGAAUAAUACCACAGUGACUCAGUACAGAGACCAGGUCUUACCUCCAGUUGCUGCACUGACUGUUUUUUACCCACAACACGCGUUCACUUGUUUCCUUUCAACUCUGCUUUUACACUUUCAUUGUAAUUAUUAUCAUGGCUGCUCUCAGAAGAAAUUGGUUAUAACAGUUUGGAGGUUAAUUUUUAGAAAUAGCUGUCAUUAUUCACAGGAAUUGGUGAUAAUAAUAAUAAUAAUAAAUUGGAUUUAUAUAGCGCUAGUCUCAAAGACGCUUUAACAUAGUCGGGGCGAAAACGGUAAGAGACAGACAGGAGACGAGCGACAAAAGGCGACAUACAGAGCCACAAUCAAUAAGGCAUAAGACAUGACAGCUACAGUCUAAAUAUGCUUUGAACUAAUCUGUUCACAAAAAGUUGUGAGCAGCUGCUAACAGAAAAAAGUGUUUGUACCUAUCCCAAAUGGCCACACUUAAAGGAGGCCUAAAAAGCCAACUAGUAAAGCCUCCCUCCACAUCUCAAAGAACUGUAUUUUGAGUUUCUCGUAAUCUGUGGUAUCCAUCAAAAAGUGACCUUUAUAUACUUCUGCACACUUGGCUAAUUAAAGAAGAUUGUCAGAUGCAGCCCUAACAAAGAAAGGCUUCAGACCAAGUCCUCCAAAUAUUUAACAAGUAUUCUGAGGAAUUUUUUAUGUUUGCGCAAACCAUUCAAUUCCAAUCAAAUCUCUAUUUUUGUAACAAUAGCAAUAGAUAAUGGGUCAUUUUAUUGAAUAUUAAGUAUAUCAAAGAUCAGAUGUGUUCUUUUUUUUUUAAAUGUUUAAUGAAUUAUUCAAGAAUGUUAUUAUUGAUACUACCCAAAUAUGAUCUGAUCUGAUUAUAUUCACACCUAUACUAAUGUGUCUCGAGAAUCCACUUAGAGAUAGUAAUUGCAAACAUAUUGCAAUAAUUUGAUUGAUUUUGGAUUGACCAGAACUCACCUGGAGGUAGUCCAACUCAUACUAUAAUCAAAUGUCCGCCAGGUGUAAAUUACAUAUGUCAGAGUUCCAUGCUGAAGGAAAUCUAACAAGCUUUAUGAGACUGACCACUAUAACGAGCAAUGUGUAAAUCAUGUGACCACAUCAUCAGUAAUGAUAGCCUAGUUUAAAAGCCUGCUGUACCCUUUGUCCGUGUUGUCAGCAGUCCUUUGACCCUUGCCCUGCACGCAACUCAGGCAUAAAAUAUUUCUCGUGAUUGUUGACAGCAAUUUUCCUAUAUUCUUUUUUCUAUCCCAUUUAAUUUCAUAAUCGUGAAAAUGAUGCAUUAUGUUAUGCUUGUUUCUGCAUUGUGUUGAUUUUGCUGAAGAAUAUUGUCAAGGAGGACGCGGUCGAGGGGAAGGAGGGAGGACUCAAACGCAGAGUUGAUGAAAAAUAAAAGGGCUUUAAUAGUCAAAACUCAAAAUCAAAAUCACUCCCACCAAAAAGGGGAGGAAGGAGGAGAAAACAAAACCAACAAACAAAACAGGGACCUGGACUUGAAGACUUGAAAACACGAAACAGACUUGACUUGACUUACUUGACACAUGAACGCUGACAUGUAAUGACGCCACACCAGACAAGGAACUCACAGGGCUUAAAUACACAAGGGAGGUGCAGGUGAUUGAACACAGGUGGAAACGAUCAAGCACGGCAGACAAUCACAAGGGAAGACAGGACAAGGCAGGAAGUGAAGUUACCCAGGAACACCAGAGACAUGAAAACCACAAAAUAAGACAGAGCAGACCCAAACCGUGACAGAACCCCCCCCUCAAGGACCGAAUUCCAGACGGUCCUAAAGGGGGGCAGAACCAUGAAAAUCA